AUGAAGGGAGAGACCGUUGAACCCAGAGACCAUGUCAAGGUUCUUAGCGUCAUCAUGAAUACGAGACUCAAAUACAAGGAACACAUCGUGAGGCAGCGUCCAAGGGACUCGAGGCGGCGAUGGAGCUUUGCGGCUUCGGGGUCUAUUCCCCGCAACAGCGCGGCAGCUAUUCACGUCGACGUUGGCGCCCAGUGGUAG